AUGGCAAAUAGAUGUCAAUAUGGCGAUUACAGAUUCAAUAACAAAUACGGUGUAAACUUGGGUGAUUAUUACUGGUCCCAACUAGUAAGAAAUUUAGAGGAGGAGCGAAAGAAACGUAAAGGUGUAAUACCAUAUGGAUUUCAGUUGGAUCACUACCCAGAAGAGACCUGGUGCAACAAGUGGCAAGAGAUAUUCGAUCUGGCCAGCGAGGGUCUCGAUUCUGACUCAAUGAAGUGUUUCCAGGGUCACAGGCUAGGAAUUCAGGGAGCUGUUAUCUCCGAUUUCAACACGUUCAGAUCAGCACACGCGUCUCAUAUUGCUUCAUUGUCAAGGAUGGAAAAGGGAUGGGUAGAGGGAUGGGUAGUUGGUGAGACUAUGAAGGGGCAGCCAGUAGAAUGGGCCCAUGCUAUUGAGAAAUACAAUGAGGCAUUCAAUGAAAUGAAGCCCAAAAUUGAUGCCAACAUCGAUAGCGUUGAAGAUGCUAGUGCAAAGGCGGCUCUUAAGAUUGCCUUUGGCCAAAUCAAACUGUACCACAUUCACUGGUGCGAACAGACAACUUGGUACUACAAGUCCUACUUGCAGCCGGUAUGGGCCAUCCUUCACAUUGCAAAGAAAACGUUUUUGAAACGGGUGAUACUGGGAUAUAGCUAUAUAUUUUCGAAGGUUUUUUUCAUCGGUGCCAUAGGGGCCUUAAUUGGCCUGCCAAACCGAGCCAAGUUAUUCAAAGUUCCGUUUUCCGAGGCAAAAGGUAUACACAUUUCAUUUAUCAUUAUGAUGGUGCCCUUGUGUGUUUAUAUUUUGCUGCUGUUGUUGUCUUGGAAGUUUUUCCAAGGCGCUUCCAAGGAGGAAAAAUUGUAUUUGGCCGGCCAACUGGCUGAACUUGUCGAUGAGAAUUGGAAUUACAGAGUCUUCUCUUCAAUUCCAGCAACCCACAAAUUUUCAUCUCUGUAA